CCAAUAGUCCUCUUCUCGCCACCCUUAGCAAAUCCCCUAGAAAUCAGUCAAGCUGGCGGAAUUCUUAUAUGUCGUUCACUCUGUCCCUCAUGGCCAGACCACUACAUCCUUCUCGACACCAACGAAACCGUCCCCGCCUCCUCUGAGAACCGCGCAGUCCACGAUGAAGCCGAAUCCCCGCCCGCUAUCCAUUACCUCCCCGGGCUUCUCCACACUCACCGCCGACCGACCGCCUCUGAGCAAAUCCGCGAGCGACAGCAAUCUAAAGUGCGACAGUGACGGCAGCGGGGGCGAUGGGGGAAACCACGGAACGGACUUGAAUCGCGAGGUUGCGGCGCUCAGCAAUAAGCUCAUCAGCGCGAUCAACCACCAGACGAAAUUGGACGAUUCGCUAUCGGCGACAAAACACGAACUGGACCUCUCCAAGACGCAGAUACGACAGCUCGAGAGCGAAACUCAGAGGCUGUUGACUCGACUGAGUGAGGAAAGUCAGCAGCGUGGGCAGGCCGAGAAGGACAAGCGACACAUCGAGCUGGAGUUGGAGAAUUUGACGACGGCGCUGUUCGAUGAGGCCAACAAGAUGGUCUCUGCGGCGCGGAAAGAACGGGAUGCGGUCGAUCGCAAGAACGAGCAGCUGCGCGCUCAGCUUGCCGACACCGAGUCGCUACUGACUUCACACCAAGAACAGCUCGCCGAACUCAAAGCGGUAAUGCAGCAGAUGAGCAAAGAACACGAGGAGAGCGAAGCCGCAAUGUCCCCGGGUGUCCCUUCGACACCGAGCAUGAUCGGGCGGAGCAGCAAGGAUGGGAUGGGUCGGAUAUUCGAAGCGCUUCACCUCGUGCCGAACCCGGGGAACCUCGAGGACAUGCCCCCGUGCCCACCGACCGCAUUGAUCAACCUCGUGCACCCGGUGCUGCGACACGACACAGCGUCUUACAAGGAGUUCUGCGAGGUGUUGCACACGCUCAAGCCGAGCGAUCUGAGAACGCUCCCCGUGAGUAGGCUAUCUGGCGGCUCUUUUGCGUCGAUUCAAGUUAUGGGUAUGGGCGUGGGCUUAACAAUGGCAUCUCCGGGCCAGGGUGCGUCAUCGAUAGGUAGCAGCUUGUUUGGACUCAAGAAACGUUCCGAUUCGAGCUCGACCACGCACUCUCCCUCGGGCUCUACGAGCAGUACGAACGAAUGGCAGGCGACCAUCAACGCUCUCAAGGAGACCAAGUUUUUCAAGCGUGUCAUGAUGGAGGACAUCGAGCCGGCCCUGAGACUGGACUGCGCUCCCGGACUCUCGUGGCUCGCCCGACGCAACGUCAUGUCGGCCAUCACCGACGGAACGCUUGUCAUCGAUCCCAUGCCAACCGCCGCGAAUGUUUCAAUCUUUGCUUGCUCGCUCUGCGGCGAGAACAAGGCGGACGAACAGCACGCACGCACGCACAGGAUGCGGAUUAACGAGAAUCCGAAUGCGCAGCGAUACCCCGUGUGCUCGUACUGCACCACUCGCAUGAGGAGUGUCUGCGACUUCAUGGCUUUCCUGCGCACGCUCAAGGAGGGUUUAUGGAAAUGCGAGAGCGAAGGAGACAUGAAGCACGCAUGGGAAGAGAGCGUCAAGCUACGCGAGAAAUUAUUUUGGGCUCGGAUCGGAGGAGGAGUUGUUCCUGCAUUCAUCCGUGAAUCCAGGCGGAAUUCUCUCAACGGCCAAACCGAAACUCCGCCACGAACACCCAUUCUGGCCAACAUGCUGGAUGACGCAAAGCUGAAUAUUCCCAAAAAGCGCAACAGCCAGCACAACAAUCCGUUCCUCACCCCCGAAAAACAAAUCAUUCCUGCGGCAUCGAAUCCGUCGCCACUGGCACUCGAUGGCGACAGCGAAUCGGUUCUGUUCGAUCGUGAAGACGCCGUCGACGCUAGCGAGGAAGUGCACGUGGCAAGCGAAAUUGCUAAGGAGCAGCCGGUAGAAGUGCUCGAUGUUGAGACGGCGGCGGCGACGGUUGAGGAGACUGCCGAGCUCCCAAGCUACAAUCAAGCGGCGACGGAAACCCCCCUGCCGGAAUCACCCAUCGCUACGCGUCCCAAGAGUGGGGGACCGGCACUCACCGCCAUCCGCACGGAAUUCGUGGCGACCCCAAUCACCUACAGCAAAAGUAGCCCUACGUCGCCGUCGAUUCCUGGCGGUUGGUAAAUGGGCCCGGGCCCGGACUGCCGAAAUUUGAAGAUGAUGAACACCAUGUUUUUUUUGGGUCUUUUUUU